CGGGGUGGAGGAGCGCAGCUCUUUGGCACGGCCUCCUCGGGAUUACAACCCCUUAUCCGGGUGGCGUCUUCGAGUGUCUUGGGGACGUAGAGGAGGCCUGCACUCAAGCCCCCGCUUUGGGAUCGAAAACAGUUAUUCCCCCGUCUCAGAGACAUCGUAAACGCCGUGGUUCAACCAGGGAUAUCAAAAUAGAAGGAAAGCCUUUGAAAGAAGAGACACUCAAGGAAAUUCUGAAGCACCAAAUCCAAUUGUGAACUUUUUGCCAAGUUGGUUCAGACUAGAAUGGCUGUAGAAUCCAGAGCGAUUUCAACCCUGGUAACUCAGGAUCCUCAGGAACAAGAACUAACAUUAGUGAAAAUAGAAGGGGGCCUUUCCUGGAGUCAGAAAUCUAAACAGAAUGGGAGUAGUGAAUUUUGCCAAGAAAUGUUUCGCCAGCAGUUCAGAAAGUUUUGCUACCGGGAGACAUCUGGACCUCGGGAGGCUCUGGGCCGUCUCCAGGAGCUUUGCUAUCAGUGGCUGAUGCCUGAGUUGCACACAAAGGAGCAGAUCCUGGAACUGCUGGUGCUGGAGCAGUUCUUGAGCAUCCUGCCUGAGGAGCUGCAGACCUGGAUUCAACAACAUAGUCCAAAAAGCGGCGAGGAGGCUGUGAAUCUGUUGGAAGAUUUGGAAAGAGAGUUUGAUGAUCCAGGGCAGCAGGUGGGAACGGGGAGAUGUGAUGUGUUUGGGGGAAAGACUUUCCAACUUGGAGCAUGUGGCAUCAUCAUAACAGUUCCAGCUAGCCCACAGGGACCAGCAGUACCAUGGAAGGAUUUGACAUCUCUUGGAGCAUCCCAGGAGUCAACAAAUGUUCAACUCCAGCCUUUAGAGACAGAGCUGGAAUCCUGGGAACCUUGCCUUUCCCAAAAAAGUGGUUGUGAGAACAAUGAAUCAUUGACAAAGAAGGAAAUUUUGGGAGAAAAAUCACAGGGACUCCCUCAGGAACCUUCAUUUGGAGAAGUCAGUGAACAUGAAAACAAUUUAGAGUUUCAGCAUGGAAGUGCUACAGGGGAGAAAUUAAGAAGAUCCCCUUCCCAAAGGGACAGUUUUAGUCAAGUGAUCUUCACACACAAAUCUCUAGGAAAGAGACACCAUCAUGAUGAGCCUGAAAGAAGUUUGAUUCUAAGUACCAACUCUAUAUCAUAUCAGAAAGUUCCUACGGAAGAGAGACCUUAUAGAUGUGAUGUAUGUGGGCACAGCUUCAAACAGCAUUCCUCUCUAACACAACAUCAGAGAAUCCACACUGGAGAAAAACCCUAUAAGUGUAACCAAUGUGGAAAGGCCUUUAGUUUGAGGUCAUAUCUUAUUAUUCAUCAGAGAAUUCAUAGUGGUGAAAAAGCAUAUGAAUGUAGUGAAUGUGGGAAAGCCUUCAAUCAGAGCUCAGCCCUUAUUAGACAUCGGAAAAUUCAUACUGGUGAGAAAGCUUGUAAAUGUAAUGAAUGUGGUAAAGCAUUCAGUCAAAGUUCCUAUCUCAUUAUACAUCAAAGAAUUCACACUGGUGAGAAACCCUAUGAAUGUAAUGAGUGUGGGAAAACCUUUAGCCAAAGCUCAAAGCUUAUUAGACAUCAACGAAUUCAUACAGGAGAGAGACCUUAUGAAUGUAAUGAAUGUGGAAAAGCUUUCAGGCAGAGCUCAGAGCUGAUUACUCAUCAGAGGAUACAUAGUGGAGAGAAACCCUAUGAAUGUAAUGAAUGUGGAAAGGCCUUUAGUUUGAGUUCAAACCUCAUCAGACACCAGAGAAUUCAUAGUGGAGAGGAACCUUAUCAGUGUAAUGAAUGUGGCAAAGCCUUCAAAAGGAGCUCAGCCCUUACUCAGCACCAGAGAAUCCAUUCUGGGGAUGAAGCUUAUAUAUGUAAUGAAUGUGGGAAGGCUUUCAGGCACAGAUCAGUCCUUAUGCGCCAUCAGAGAGUACACACUGUAGAGUAAACUGUGAAUAACAAUACUGUAAAUGCCUCAGACAGAUUCAUAUCUUGACUCCUUAAAGGUUGUAAACUACUAGGUCUUGAAUCAGUCUAACUUGCUUUUUGGAGCACUUAACCAGUGCUAAUGCAAACUGUCCCUUAAAAGUUUUUCCUGGAACUAAUCUGACAGAUGGGAGAGGCUAGUACUUCCAGCUUUUCUCUUACUAUCAGGGUACAAUGAAAAAUGGGAAUCUAACAUUGAAACAUCACUUCACAUGACAGGAUCAUGAAACGAAUACAGUGAUCCAAGCUUUUGUCUCUGCAUUUGACUGUCAGUAUGCCAGAGUCGGGGGAUGUUGAGCAGUAUAAGGGACUUUUUGUCACUCUCAGGAAAUAAAAAAAUUUUAUAGUCCCAAAUAAGGAUGGUGACAGGGCACCAGGAUAAAUGGAGAAAUAGUUUCAUCAGUGAUUUGUUGAGCCCAGGACAUGCCAAAACUUAGGAGUAAGAAGAAAGAAUACAAAUUCAUCCAACAUUUGCUUUUGAGUGCCUGCUUUGUGCCAGGCACUAAGGAUAUAAUGGAAAGUAGGAUGUGAUAUCAGCAGUCUUAAUGGGCAAGGCAGUCAAACAGGCAUUGAUACUAUAGUAUGAUCAGUGCUAUGUGACCUGAAGGAAGAACACCUAAUCGAGCCUUGGUUCAGGGAAGGCUUCUGGAGAAAAUGGCCUGAAGAAGAUAGGCAAGUUAGCCAGGGGGUACGCCAGGGAAUAAAGUUCCCAGUAGAGGGAACAAGAGGCCAGGAAGAGAAAGUCACACAUAUGGAAAGUAAAUGUUUUAAAACCACUUUGGAGCAUUCCUCUUCAGUUCCUGUUGAAUUGGGGUCCACAAGAGAGGCAGGGGAAGAGUCAGACUCUCUUAAGCAGUGCCUGUAGCAAAAUACAAGCCACUGAACUUUGUUAUUUGACAAACGGGCCUUUGGUCCACAGUGGUGAGGAGCUUAGCUUGUCUUGGUCUGGUAGGAUCUUAGAGAAAGGGCUAAUUAGUUUCCUUGCCCAACUUUCAGGGUAGACUAGAACUUCAAUGGGGGUAGGAAUGAGAAAGAGUCCAGCUUAGACAUUGAAAGUCCUAAGUCUCCCUUUCCCAGGCAUGAGAGCUCCUUUGGUUCUUAGGACAUUAACAGAGCUGCUGUCAGGUUCCUCCUAACUUCCAAGGUUGUUAAUCAGAAGCUGCUUUGUCUCUGUGUCAUUUGUUUCUGGGGCUUUAUCCCCCCCAGUUUCUGGUGUUCCUUGGGCUCAGGUUCUCAAAAAUAUCUGUUAGUUUCUCUCUGGAUUUGUGACUAAUGAUGUUCUUAAGGUACUUCACCUGAUUAAUUUUGUCUUAUAUCAGCAGUGUUUUGUGAAUUUGGUUAAAGACAAUGCUAAGGAAGUGACAACGUAAAGUAACAGUCAUGGUCAAUCCAGAGACUCCUCUCUCUGGAGGGGCCCAGCAGGAAGAUAUCUCUAGGCUGGUUCUUCUCGUGCAAGGUGAAAAGUUAUACGGGUUAGUUAGCAGCAGAAAGACAUCAUUCAAAAGACCUAAUAGGUUGGAAGAAUAACACACCUUACCAAAACCAUAAAUCUGUGUGGAAACCUGGUUUCCUGUGCAUAGAGAAAAUUAUUUUCAUGUGAAUAAAAGGAAACAAAGAAAAGUAAUGCUUUUGGGGCCUACACAGGAACAUACUAACCAGUAAGUGACAGAAGGGCUAAAUGCCCAUGUUUGGAAAGAAAGGAUAAGAUGAGCUGGAAAAAUAAAAUACAUGGUAGGAGUUGCUCAAUCUUGAGUUCAGCUUUUUCCAGAGAAAAGACCCAAACAAACUGAAAAGGGUAGGACAACAUAGAUUACAGAGGAAAAUAUUCCUUAGAGAGCUCUUGCAUUUAUCAAUAAGCAAUACAAUAGAUACUUGCUAAGGGCUUGGUAUAUAUGUAUUAGUUAUUUUUCACAACAGCCUAUAUUUUGCUGAUGAGGAAAUGAAGGCAUAGGAUCAUGGUUUACUGGAGAUCAUACAGCUACAAGUGGUGAGGUAAGACUUUGAACCAAGGGAGUAGGAAUCUGGAACCCUUCUGUGGAGCCACUUCUCUAUACUGUCUCCCCAUGAAAGACUCAGUGGAAAAAAUAUUUCAGUAGGCCCAAAUCAAAAAAUAAUAAAUGCAAAUAGGGAAUAAAUAGAUGUUCAACCUCACUAGGAUUAAUAUAUUUUAAAACAAUUGACAUGGCACUUUUUUCCCUCUUAAUAAUGACAAGUUUUAAGGGAAAUGGGGACUUUAAUGCUGCUGGUGAGAUGUGAAUAGAUGCUGUCUCUGGCAAUCAACACCAGAAGCCUUAAGCAUUGGUUUUGACUUUAAAAUUCUACAUGGAAAUGUAUGCUUCAGAAAUCAUGAAUGUGUAAGAAAAGUUAAGUGGUUAAAAGUUAUACUGAUUAAUAUUUAAAAUGAUAAAACAUUCAUGAUGUUAAGUAAAAAAUACUGCAAAUCGGAAUGUACAAUAUGAUCCCAUGUAAAAAAUACACUUAUGCAUUAAAAGUAGAAAUACAUAAUCUAAAAAUGAUAAUAAUGGUUAUCUCUGGUUGAUGAGAUUAUAGGUGAUUUAAUUUUUUCCUAUAUGUUCCAAAAUUUUUAAAGUAAAUGUCUUAAUAUUUUAAAAAUUAGAAAAAGUUAAAGAAUGGAAGACCAGGAUAGUUGAGAAAAUAUUAAGUAAAACAUUUGCUUUCCAUAACAUCUGUUCCUUCCAAGUUUCAAGGACAUUAACUAACUGCUCUAAUCCUUGAUUGUCUCAUUGGGAAAAUGACAAUGAGAUUAACUGCUCUCACAUGUAGUAUACAAGCAAGUCCUCUGCAAAUUAUAAAUUUGUGUGCAAAUAUAAGUUAUUUGUAUGAAGGAGAUUUAUGGCCAGGAAAAGCAAUAGCUUUGAAGCGGAGACCUUUGUUCUUGUUAGUACUAUGCCAUGAGUUAUACAGUCCUGUCAUCUCAUAACUCCAGCUUCUCAAUUUAAAGUUGAAGUUGAUUUCUUAUGGUCAAAGCUUCAACAUUCUACAUUCUUAGAAAUGGAAGGAGGAUAGCAAAAGCAAUUGUUUCCUCCUUCAGCAACCUUGCUUAGACAAUGUCUUUCCUGUCUUCUCAGAACCCUCUUGUUUCUCUGGGUACAGAGGCAGUCCAGGAGGCAACAAUGUCUUCCUUAAAUGGAUCUUGUGCAGAUUUAAAAAGAUAAUGUGCAAUUUAGGCAAGGUGCUUAAUAACAUUUUCCUUCAUCUCCCUUAUUUCCAUAAGCUGCAACAAACUGACCAGCUGAGAGGACUGGAUAUUUAAAGCAAAUCUGACCUUGCUUCCUCCAGGAUCCCUCGUGAAGCCCUUUGCUGCUCUUGCCCCAGAAAGUGCAUCCUUAGUCUGAAUGCUGGCAGAGCUGGGGGACUGCCAAUCACAAUAACUUCCUGUCCUGGAGGAAUAGACGUGAGAACAUUUCUGUGAAGUCAAGAGAAAAGGUGAGCCCAGGGGUUGGCCAGGCCCCACUUCUACCCAUCUACUCUUUUGCUCUCUGAUGGGCUGGAAACAGACAGUGCUACUCAAUAGUUUUACAGUUUACAGCUAUCUGGUUGAUCCAGAGAUCCAAAGGGUCAUGGGCUCUUUCUGCACGUUUCCACUGAGAACCUGCUGAAGGAGAAGGGGAAGACCAUGGCAGUUUCCAGGCUCUUGCCCCAGUCCACAGACUUAAGCAGUUAGUGCUGAAGAACCUCUCAAAGGGGAGGAAGAAUCCUGAUUCUGAUAGACACAGGAUAUGUGUGUUUAAAGAAGGUACUUUUUGCUCUCAUUCCCAUGAGCACGCAGCCACCAUGUAGCCCAGAUGACCUUCAAUUUUCUGACUUCCGGUGGACUCCAACCCUGGGGACCAGAUGUCACAAUUUCCUGACACUUUCUGUCCAGGGAAGAAAAGCUGAGAACAUUAUUCCCUGACUUCUUUCCCAGAUCCUUCCCCAUCUCUAAGCACAUCUCUACUCAUACUAUUGUGCUCCUUAUUCAUGAAUGAAAACUUUCAAGGCAAAAGUUUAAAAUGCAAAUUUUAUUACUACACAUCUUGCAUUACAUUCUAGUACUAAAUGGUUGAAGUAUAUACUCAAAAAAGUAUAAAUGUUAAAAUCGAGAAAAGAUUUUUACCAAAAAUGCUACAGUGGGGGAAAAAUAACAAAACAGAAAGUAGUCCAAAAUGUUAACAGUGUUUCUUCCUAUAGGAGGUGGGAAUGAGGAUGUAUUAUACUUUUCUCAUUCUCUGUAUUAUCAAUGUUUAUAAUUUCCAACCAAGAAAAAAAAGUAAUUAUUGAGUGAUACUAAAAAUAAAUCAUCUAAUUGUCAUCUAUAGGGAAAGGCAACUUACUCCCCACUUGAAGUAUCUCUAGACUUCAGAAUAACCUCACUCAAUGACAGUCCCACCAACUUUGCACAAAAAGACUAUCCCUGCAAUUUCCACCUCCCCUAUUAUCCACAACAGCUGUGAUCACCAAGUCUUCUUCAGAAGUGACACUAUCUGUAAGAGAAAUCAUGACAUCUUAGAAUAGGAAUCAAACUUUUCUCCUAGGUAUUAAUUAACCUCAGUAAUUGUGGGUUAAUUAAAACUGCCAAAAAUAAAAAUCAGCAGAGAAGUACAGUUUUGAAUGUGUGGGAGUAACUCAAAUAUUUAUUGCCCUCAAGUAGCUUAUGGUCUACAGGCCUGAUGAUGAGGGGCACAAAAAAUGGGGAUUAGUAGUACAUGGAAAGUCAUGUGGAGUGUUCUUGUGACCUUCCCAUUUCCUGGGCCCUAGAGUUGUGGAACACAAACACUCCCAGUCCCCACUGAUCCUCUAGCCUACAGUAUGCAUUCUUUUUUUGGUGUUCUUGCAUGCCCAUAUCCAUAAGAUGCACCAGAGUCUUACAUAACACUGAUUCUUCUGAGUACCUCAAAGUCUCUUAGGUCAUUCUGGGUCCAGGUUAGACCACCUAAUUCAGUGAUCAUAAGUAGGAAGACAGGAAUACAGCCCAAAGCAUGUUCUGGCUUCUGAGUAGGGUAUACAGGAGCAAAUUUCUGCCAGAGAAGAGCCCUAAUGAAGGGAUGUUUCCAGAUCCUCUUCAUGCUGCUGUAAAUGCUAUGAUCUUUGCCUGUAAUGUUCUCUUCCCCUCUACCCUUGACCUGGCUAACCUCUAGCCACCUUUUAGGUAUCAACUGAGAUUUUACAUACAGGAAGCCUUAAUACAUACAGCAAUAUACUGGUAGUCUAAGUAACUAUAGACCAGAAUAGAUAGUCCUGGCAUAUCCUUUGACAGAAUCCUGGAUUUAUCCUUCCAAAACACUUAACAUACUUUACUGUAAUUACCUGUUUAAUAAAGAUGUAUACCCCUCUGUCCCUCAACUCUGGGAGGGAAAUGACCAUGUCUUUCCCCAAAUGCCUGGCACAUAGAAGGUGCACAGUAAAAAAGUUGAUCUCAGCUUGAAGCUUAGCGCUGAGGAGAGAACUGGCAAGGGGGUAGAAUGAGCUAUUGACCUCAGACACUGUUAAACUGACACAGGGUACAAGUCAACAUUUCACCAUCUCAAUUCAGAUAGCUGAAUAAUCCUCCAUCUGCCAAAUGUUCUAAUGCUCUUGCCAGGCAAAGAUCCUUGCCAUGUAAGGAUUACCUCUUGGUCCAUCAUAUAAAGAGCUCUUUCAGGAUCCCUGCCCCAAUCCUGAACUUACUAUGAAGGUGCCUGACAACAGUCAUAUCAGGGUUGGGAUAAGGGAGAUAUUGAUGAAGGUCCUCAUCCAGAAAUUAGUUAGGCAUUUCUAGACAAUACUUACCAUUCUUUUUUGGAGAAAACCAGGCUGAAAUUUUUCUUCCACUUAUCACUUCAAUCCAUCUUAACAAACAUCUAUGUGUGGACCACUUACAGCACUGAACUGGACUGGAGGGACAGGAACUUUGUUCUCAGGAAACUUCUACUUCUGGUGGAGUCUCACCCCUCCAACCACCACCCCCCCCCCAACAAAGUGAAUUCCUAGUUUUUCACUGUUGCACAACUAUUACCCACAGUUAAAUUCUGGUGUGAGUUCUCUGAUGCUGCAUAAGGCCUGACCUAUGUCUAAAUGUUUUCCUACAUUCAUUACAUUCAUAAGGCUUCUCCCCAGUGUGGAUCCUCUGGUGCUGGGUGAGGGCUGAGCUCUGAUUGAAGGACUUUCCACAUUCAUUACAUUCAUAAGGUUUCUCUCCAGUGUGAAUUCUUUGAUGUUCAAUAAGGAUAGAGCUUCUACCAAAAGCCUUGCCACAUUCAUUACAUUCAUAACCUUUAACUCCAGUGUGAAUUUUCUUAUGCUGAAUAAGGCCUGAGCUCCAGCUGAAGGCUUUCCCACAUUCUCUGCAUUCAUAAGGUUUCUCUCCAGUGUGAAUUCUCCAAUGCCUGAUGAGCUCUGAACUGCCCCUGAAAGCUUUUCCACAUUCACAACAUUCAUAGGGUUUCUCACCACUAUGAAUUUUCUGAUGUCUAACAAGGUCUGAGCUCAAACUGAAGGCUUUGCCACAUUCUUUACAUGCAUAAGGUCUCUCGCCACUAUGAAUUCGCUGAUGUCUAAUCAGCUUUGAGCUCUGGCAGAAGGCUUUCCCACAGUCAAAGCAUUCAUAGGGUUUCUCACCACUAUGAAUUCUCUGAUGUCUCACAAGGUCUGAGCUCAAACUGAAGGCUUUGUCACAUUCUUUACAUGUAUAAGGUCUCUCUCCAGUAUGAAUUCUCUGAUGUCUAAUCAGAUUUGAGCUCUGGCAGAAGGCUUUCCCACAUUCAAAGCAUUCAUGGAACUUUUCCCCAUUGUGAAUUCUCUGUCGGGUAAUAACAUUUGAGUUCAGACUGAGACUUCCUUCACUUUCAUCACAUUCAAGAACACUCUUUUCUGUAGGGCUUUUCUUGCUAAAGGUAGCCAGACUGAAAUAUCUUUCCUGGGAAGGGAGCUGAACUCAGUUUGUUUUCUUGCAGCAUUUCCUUUUGGGUCCUCAAAAUUGUCCAGACCUCCCAAAGUUUCUCCAGCUUUGUGUCCUAAAGGUGUUUCCCUAGGGAGUCUUCCUGGGGCUAUCAUGGCUGCUGAUGCUCCACAUUCAAUAGUUUCUGACUUUGCUGUCAACACUUUGACCAUCUUGCUACCUAAAAAUAUGAAUAGAAAACACAAGUGUCAUUUGCUCCCCAGGUUAGAAGGAAGGAAACUAUUAUAGCCAGAACAGAAGAUAAAUCAAAUGAAACAUGCCUAUUAAGAAGAAAUCUCAUAAAACUAGCAUCCUAAUAUAGAAGAAAUGACCUGGGGGAGAAUAAUGCAAAAGAGAGGGGGCCACCUCAAUGAGUAAGGUGAACAGAAUGAGAGUUAGCUUUGGAAAGGAGGGAUGGUGAACAGGGAAAGACAAUACUAGUUAGAUAAAUAGAUAAAUAGGAAUGGUGGUGAGAGAACUGAAAGCUAAGAGACAAUCCUGGGUUAGAGAAGAAGAUGUAUUUUUAUAAAAGGAAAAGAUGAAGAGUGAUCAGAAUAAAGAAAGAUGUCUGGGAGUCUCGGAUCAGUAGUGCUUCUAGCAAAGUAGCAAAGCAGUAGGAUAUGACCAGGAAAUGCUUUUAGGGUUAUUGGACAGAAGGAGAGAAUGGGAAGGAACUAGGAAGUUUAAGUAUGGUAACUGCCGAUUCUGGCAAGGUUCCCAGUGUACCGAAUGACUAUAAGCAAAUAGAGUAAGACUUGCGAAGCCUUGAGUAAAGGAGUUUGGGGAGUGCCUGACUCGUGCGGUAAGGUGGGAGUCUUGCCAUGUUCAUUCUUUUAUGUGUAAAUGGUCAAACAUAAGGGAUGGAAAUAACUGGGAGGUGUGACUGCCCACAACCAAAUCUGACUCUCACACAACACACCCCUCUCAUUUCCAGAUUUCCAGUAACUACAACACAGGAUACUAAUAGAUGGUGGCUAAUGUAACUUUGAAUUAUUAUGAGGAAGAAAAAUCUAAAAAACUGCUAAUUUACAUCUAAUCCUCCCCAAAGUCCUCUAAUAACUUAUACACAUUUACAGAUCGAGGAAACUGAGGCUCAGUUAGCCUCAAGGUCACAGAAUUAAUAAUUAGUGGAGACUGGAUUCAAAGAUCUUUAACACUAAAGCUUGUACUCUUUCCACUGUGUUAUUUGCCUUCCCUAUUGGAAGAAAGCAGGACCAUAGAGGCACACUGAAACAAAAAAACAACUUAAAAAUAAUAUUAAUUUGGUUUGAGAUUAUCUUUCUAUAUGAAAAUAAAUCUUUCUGAUA